CUUUAUGCAGAGUGUGUUGUGUACAUCGAGUCUUAAAUUUCAGACUUUUUGCAUUUCUUCCUGUUGCUAUCAUCAACACCGAGUGGUACUUCAAACAUGGAUGCUAUUCGUCAAGCGGUGGAGGGAAAGAUCCCAUUCCAAGGUCAAAGGCUGGCCGAUCGAAUUAAUCAAGAAGUUAUCGUGAUGGGAGCAAUUGUGGCUUGGAUUAUAGGCUACUUUGCAGACAAUUUGUUCUUGUGCAUGUCUGUCUUUGGUUUCUCUUGCUUUGUUGCUUUGGUUGUCGCUGUUCCACCUUGGCCAAUGUAUCACAGAAAUCCAGUCAUCUGGUUGCCAAACCGACCGCGCUCAGAAGAUUCAAAGAGCAAGUAG